UAGAAUGAGCAAAUCAAUACCCAAAAAAACAAAAAAAAAAUCAUCCCCAAAAUCCUAGCAAGUGUUAGACCCUUGGGCUUCUCUCCUCCUCUUCAUCCACUCCUCAGUUUCCAUGGCAGACCCACUAACCGCAUCUACUGCAGCGGAAGUAAAGAACGUCUACUCGGUGUGGGCCCUCCCGCCGGAUAACGUGGCCGCCAGGCUGAAGAAGGUGAUGCAGGGCCUCCGUGCCGAGUUCGGUGGUCCACAGUUCGAGCCCCACAUCACCGUGGUGGGGGCCAUCAGCCUGACUCUGGACGACGCCCUCGCGAAGUUCCGAUCGGCUUCUGAGGGCCUCAAGGCCUACGACGCCAAGGUUGAUCGCGUGGCCACCGGCACCUUCUUUUACCAGUGUGUUUUCCUCCUCAUAAAUCCGACCCCUCAGGUGGUGGAAGCUAGUGCUCACUGCUCUGGCCGUUUCGGUUUCAAAACCUCAACCCCGUAUAUGCCACAUUUGAGCAUCCUUUACGGAGAUCUGACCGACGAAGAGAAGAAGAAGGCGCAAGAAAAAGCUAACACUCUUGACGAGAGCAUUGCCGGCCUGAGCUUCCCCGUUACUCGCCUUGCAUUGUACAAAACCGACACCGAAGAUAUAACUCUCAAAUCCUGGGAGAAGAUUGCUGAGUGCACCCUCGAAUCGAAUUAGUUCUCUUACUGCGUGUUUAUGAUUAAGCUUGUAAUCAGGUUCUGUUUCUGUGUCCCUGUCAUCUCUUGAUCAAGAACAUUAACAAGUUGGAGGUUUUGUUGUAAUGUCAAUUGUCAAGGGCUCAAAGCUGUCACAGAGGAUGGGGCUUUUUAAGUAAACGCUUGGUUUGGUGAUCACUAAUCCACUAUGGUUUUAAUAUGUUCCA